AUUGGUGUGGAAUUUAUUCUGAGUUGCGCACCGUUUCUUUUCAUAAUAAUGGGAAUGGUGUGUCUGGCGCCGGGUGGUGGCUGGGACCGAGUUUUGCCAUCAUCAUCGUGCAUCGGAAUCAACAAAUUAUCGAAAUCUUGUUCCUCUUGCCACCACUCAUUCUCUCCCAAUUCCAGUAAGCUCAUACAUGGUGAAUUUGGCAGAAGACAGUGUUUUCGCCCCUCCUCCUCAAAAUCCAGGCGCGGGAUCGGCCCCUCCGGUGACCCACAGUCGGAAACAGUACUUGUUCCCAGUGUUCACGAGGAUGAGGAUGUCAUUGGGAGAAAACAACUCGGGAGUAAAGAAAGCAAAUGGGGUAACAACAUUCAGUCGAGAGGAGCUGUGAUAGGAGAAGCUUUUCUCCAAGGGAAUUCGGCUAUACUCUCCGCCUGUAUUGUUGGUCUCCUUACUGGCAUUACUGUCGUCCUCUUCAACAACGCGGUGCAUGAAAUACGGGAUUUCUUCUGGGACGGGCUCCCAUCUAGGGGUGCUUCAUGGUUGAGAGACGAGCCUGUUGAAGUAGUAUGGGUAAGAGUAAUCACAGUUCCAGUUUGUGGGGGAUUGAUUGUUGGCUUGUUGAAUGUGCUUCGAGUUACUCUAGACGGUCCGGCAGAAAGUGUUUCAAUGUCUAAUCUGAAGGCUGUGUUGGAACCAAUUCUGAAGACAAUGGCUGCAUGCAUUACCCUCGGGACAGGGAAUUCAUUAGGGCCGGAAGGUCCUAGUGUUGAAAUAGGUGCAUCCAUUGCCAAGGGCGUUGGUAGUUUGUUUGAUAGAAGAGCACAAAGGAAGCUUUCUCUCGUGGCUGCUGGCUCAGCUGCUGGGAUCUCUUCUGGGUUCAAUGCUGCUGUCGCUGGUUGCUUUUUUGCUGUGGAGUCAGUCCUAUGGCCAUCAUCAGCAGAAUCAUCCUCAUCGGCAUCAUCACUUGCAAAUGCUACUUCAAUGGUCAUACUCAGUGCAGUAAUAGCAUCUGUCGUAUCAGAAAUUGGUCUUGGCUCUGAACCAGCCUUUACAGUGCCGGAGUAUGACUUUCGUUCUGCAAGUGAACUUCCACUGUAUCUUUUGCUGGGUAUCCUCUGUGGCUUGGUUUCAUUGACCUUAUCUAGGUGCACAUCAUUGAUGCUUGUAACUGUUGAAAAUGCUCACAAGACCAUUGGCAUACCAAAGGCCAUUUUCCCUAUACUAGGUGGGCUAUCUGUUGGGCUGAUAGCCUUGGCGUAUCCAGAAAUCCUCUACUGGGGUUUUGAUAAUGUUGACAUUCUGCUUGAAUCUCGCCCAUUUGUGAAAGGUCUCUCCGCCGACCUAUUGCUUCAGCUGGUGGCAGUCAAGAUAGUAGCAACUUCUUUAUGCAGGGCCUCUGGAUUAGUGGGAGGUUAUUACGCCCCUUCUCUCUUUAUUGGUGCAGCAACGGGAAUGGCAUAUGGGAAGUUUAUUAUAUCCACAAUUUCUCAAUCUGAUCCAAUCUUUCAUCUCUCCUUCUUGGAAGUUGCAUCACCACAAGCUUAUGGCCUGGUUGGUAUGGCUGCAACUCUUGCAGGGGUGUGUCAAGUACCUCUUACUGCAGUUUUGCUUCUCUUUGAAUUGACUCAGGACUAUCGAAUUGUUCUACCACUUCUUGGAGCUGUGGGGUUUUCUUCAUGGAUUACUUCCGGGCAUACAAGUAGAACAGACAGGGAUACUAAGAACCUUGAAGAGGGAAGCACUCGUGCAACUAUACAACCUGAAAUAUCUUCUUACAACCUAAACAAGCUUUCCUUUGCUCAUUCAAUAGCUGCAAAACCAUCCAAUGCUAGUGACCUGUGUAAUAUCGAAAGUUCCCUCUCUGUAGAUGAUUCUAAUGAUUAUACCGCUGAGUUAGAAAGGCAGAUUCUUGUUUCACAUGCAAUGAGGACAAGAUUUGUGACUGUCCUGUUGGGCACUUUGCUAACAGAAGCAGUAAAUCUCAUGCUUGCUGAGAAGCAGUCUUGUGCUGUAAUUGUUGAUGAAUCCAAUUUCUUGAUCGGCUUGCUGACUCUUGGAGAAAUUGAGGAGUUCAGCAAAUCGUCAAAUGCUAAAAACAGAAGACCUGAGGAAGUCUUGGUGUCCGAAGUAUGUGCUAUGCAUAACGAAAAGUGUCAGAUGCUGUGGACAGUAACACCGGGUAUGAAUCUCUUUUCUGCACGAAUGAUUAUGAACAGACAUGGUGUAUGUCACCUUCCAGUUAUCAUUGAGCAUGUUGAAGACCAAAGAGGAUUGCCUGUUGGCCUUUUAGACAGAGAAUGCAUCAUCCUAGCUUGCAGGGUUUUAGCAACCAGAGAAUGCUUCGGCCAGUUUCCUUAGUGGGAGCCCAACGAACCUGCUUAUUGCUUUCACCAAGUCAAAUUCAUGAUACCUGACAUCGCAUCUUGUGAUUGAUCGAUUUAUUUCUGGUUAUAUUACCCCCAACCUAGCAUGGGUGGGGCUUCACCAGCAAGUGAACAUUUGGUGCUUGAUAUUGCGUCAUUGAAUAGAGUGGAAGUCCCUCCCUGAAGGACUUCUGUGGAUCAUGAUUCAUGAGUUAUCUGGUACGCUCACAUUGGACCUUGGACCUUACCAAAUAAGUGUGAACUUUUCAGAGAGAGAAGAAAUUCAUUCUUCAUUCCUUCUGAUUACUUUAGCUUACAUACACAGAAGUUAACUGCCACUACUUAUACAAAAUUACAACCAAAAUUAAACUAAAAUGAAAAUCAAGAACUGCAACCGAAUUAUUUGAAUUUCACACUCUAACUAACUGCCAGAAUCUCUUCAUGAGCUGAGACUGAGCUGGUAGUUGCAGCUGGGCUGGUUGAACCUGAGUUGGCAUCUAAGCUGGUGGAGACUUGACCACUGUUACUUAACAAUAAGCUCCUUCAUAUGCAAAGAGAAAUGGUUUCUCUACGCUCAAUCCACUUUUCUUUUAUCCGGAAUUCACUGGUAACUUGGUUUUGCUCUGGCAAAACACAAAAGGAGAGCCAAUAGAAAGGCAGUGAUAUUUCUGAUCAUAUAUUCUUUUUACUUUUAUUGUCACUAUAUUUUCUUUUUUGUGGAAAGGAAGUGUAAGAACAUUGGAGUUUGGAGUUGAAACCUUAAAAUUGUGCAGGUGCUCACCCUGAAAGGAAAUUGUGUUGCGGCCUUUAAUUUGAUUAGAUCAGUCUAUAUAGUUGAUUUUGUUUUA